UGCAGUUCCGAGUCCAAGCCCCACCGCAUCACCUGCGGCCGGGGGCGGGGUGUGGGAUUCGCUAGGUAUGGGCGCCGGUGCACGAGUGAGAGGCACUUACAGGCAGCAGGCGGUGACCUCGUAUUACAACGACCCGCUGGAGCACGCAUGGCACUUGCAGAUCAUGCAAUUCAUUGUCGAGAGCGGCAUGCCGUUCAACUGUGUGAAGCUUGAGAGCUUCAAAUGCAUGUUGACGUUGAUCAUCCCGCCUGGGGUUCCAGGAGUCCCCAUCCCAAAACCACCAACGUAUCACAUGAUCCGUACGACACUUUUGGAUGAGCUUGAUGUGGAAGUCCAAAAGUCUGUGAAACCUGUCCUCGCUACCGCAGCUACCUACGGUUGCACGAUAAUGACAGACGGUUGGACCAACAUUCGGGGCCAAACGUUGUGCAACUAUCUCGUCGGCACUACACGGGGCGCCACAUACGUCGCGACAGAUGUUAUGCGAGGAAAGAAGGAUGCCACUGCUCUGGCGCAGGCUUGGCUGCGAAGGUUGAAGUCCCUUGACAUCAAGGUCGCCGACAUCACCGCUUUCGUCACAGACUCUGCCAGUUCGAACGUUUCUGCGAUGGGGGUGUUCCAGAAGGAUGAGAGUGUCAAGCACAUCUUCUGGAUUCCUUGUGUGGCACACGUCAUGGACCUCAUCCUUGAGGACAUCGGCGACAUUGACUGGGUGGCGAUCCGCAUUGCCCAGGCGCGUUUGGUCACAAAGUUUUUCAAGCGUCAUAGCCAYGCUCGCGAAGUUUUGCAAGCUUUCACGACGAAGGCUCUGCUGCUUCCCGCCGAGACUCGCUUCUGUACGCAUGUGAUUAUGAUGCGACGACUUCUUCUGCUGCAAUCGCAUCUUAUGCAGGUGGUCGUUGAUGAUCGAUGGAAGGACACUUUUUGGUCAACGAAGAAGAUUCGAGACGACGCCGCGGCGGUCACAGCAUGUGUCGGUUGUCCGCAAUGGUGGGAGGAUAUGAGAACGCUGUGCAAGUUAUUGGAUCCCAUCAUGGACAUGCUGCAGAUGGUGGACAGCGACACGAGGCAGAUUGGCAAGAUUCUGCGUCGGUACGACGAGAUGAUCCCGCGUUGUUUGUCUGCAUGUGCCGCUUUGGAGAAGGACGAGUAGGACGCGCCGCUUGAAGUGUUUCACAGAUGCCGCACCAUGCUCAAGUCGCCUGCUCAUGUUGCUGCCAUGAUGUUGGACCCCKAGUUUCGAGACCGC